GGAAAAGAAAAUGGCCGCUAUCGGGGCUUCUACACGCCUGCAAGGACCUCGCCGGGCCGUGCGUCACGUCCGGCGGAGGCGAUGGCGGCGGCGCGGACCUGGGGCUGAGCGGAGCGGAGCGGGACGGCAUGGAGGGCGGGCGGGCGCCCGCCUGCACCACGCAGGUCAGCUUCGUGUGCCAGCGCUGCAGCCAGCCGCUGAAGCUCGAUACCUCCUUCAAGAUCCUCGACCGGCUCACCAUCCAGGAGCUCACCGCGCCGCUGCUGACCGCUGCGCCCGCCCGGCCCGGGGAUGCGCAGGAGGAGAGCGCCCUGAGCGAGGUACGGGGAGGGAGCGGGUGGGGCGCGGCUGCGCCGCGGACCCCGCUAACGAGACCACGGAGAAGUCUCCAGCCAAGAGAUGGGACAAGACAAGGGCCUGGUCUCUACUGUAGCUCCUACUCAGGUAGGAAGAAAGGCAUGAAGGAAUGUUCCUGCCUGGCUGGCGCUCUGCUCUCACUCUGCAGUAGCCUCUAG